GUCGUUUCCGUGCCACGUUGUUGGAAGAGAAGCGGCAGAGAAAGUGACUGAGAAAUGCCUCUCCGUCUGGACGUGAAGCGCGUCUUGUCUGCUCGUUCUGACCGUGUCAAGUCUACUGACCUGCAUCCAAAUGAGCCGUGGGUGUUGGUGAGUCUGUACAAUGGAAACGUUCACAUUUGGAAUCAUGAGACGCAGACGCUGGUCAAGUCGUUUGAAGUGACUGAUUUGCCUGUUCGGGCAGCAAUUUUUGUUGCUAGAAAGAGCUGGCUGCUCACAGGAUCGGAUGAUAUGGUGGUUAGAGCGUUCAAUUACAACACGUUGGAGAAGGUUCACAUGUUUGAGGCUCACUCGGACUACAUUCGUGCCUUAGCUGUGCAUCCUACGCAGCCGUUUGUAUUGUCGAGCAGCGAUGACAUGUUGAUCAAACUGUGGGAUUGGGAGAAAAAGUGGAAAUGCACUCAGGUAUUUGAAGGACACGCUCACUAUGUCAUGCAGGUCGUCUUCAAUCCAAAAGACAGCAACACGUUUGCAAGCGCUUCACUAGACAGAACAAUCAAGGUAUGGCAGCUUGGAUCGUCAAUGCCAAACUUUACACUAGAAGGCCAUGACAAGGGUGUUAACUGUCUGGACUAUUUUCAUGGCGGCGACAAGCCUUACCUCAUUUCCGGCGCCGAUGAUCGUCUCGCUAAAAUCUGGGAUUACCAGAACAAAACGUGUAUUCACACACUGGAAGGACACGCACAGAACGUCUCUGUGGUUCGUUUCCAUCCUGCAUUGCCCAUCAUUCUGACAGGCUCGGAGGAUGGGACGGUUAGAGUGUGGCAUGCGAAUACGUACCGUCUGGAGAGCACGCUCAACUACGGCUUGGAACGAGUGUGGAGUAUCAGUCAAUUGAAGGGUUCGAAUCACAUUGCGAUUGGAUACGACGAAGGGACUGUUGUUGUGAAGUUGGGACGUGAGGAGCCGGCGAUGAGCAUGGAUGCGAAUGGGAAAAUAAUAUGGGCGAAGCACAGUGAGAUACAGCAGGCGAAUCUGAAGGCAAUCGUUGAUAGUGAGAUUGCCGAUGGGGAGAGGUUGCCAUUGGCUGUGAAAGACAUGGGGAGUUGUGAGGUUUAUCCUCAGACUAUUAUUCAUAAUCCCAAUGGAAGGUUUGUUUGUGUUUGUGGAGAUGGAGAGUACAUAAUUUACACAGCAAUGGCAUUGAGAAACAAGAGCUACGGAUCAGCUCAAGAAUUCGUUUGGGGUGCAGAUCCGUCACAAUAUGCUACUAGGCAAGGAUCUACAUCAGUGAAAGUUUUCAAGAAUUUUAAAGAGAAGAAGUCAUUCAAGCCUGAAUUUGGAGCCGAGAAUAUUUAUGGUGGAGCUUUGUUGGGUGCAAGGGCUAGCAACAGUCUCUCGUUCUAUGACUGGGAGAGUCUAGAUCUUGUUAGAAGAAUUGAAAUAGCACCAAAGAAUUUGUGGUGGAAUGAUGGUGGUGAGCUUCUCUGUAUCAGCGGGGACGACUCGUUUUUCAUUCUUAAGUAUAACCAAGAAGCGGUCACUCAGUGUUUCGAGUCCAACCGUGAACAACUGACUGAAGAUGGAGUUGAAGACGCAUUCGAUGUGAUUCACGAAAUACAAGAGGGUGUAAAGACAGGCUUAUGGAUAGGAGACUGUUUCCUUUACACAAACAAAGUGAAUCGUCUCAACUACUUUGUUGGUGGAGAGAUUGUCACAGUUUCUCACCUUGACAGACCCAUGUAUAUUCUCGGUUAUAUUCCGAAAGACAAUCGUCUGUAUUUGGGAGACAAGGAUUUUAACGUUAUUAGUUUCUCUCUUCAGUUGUCGGUAUUGGAAUAUCAGACAGCUGUGAUGAGACAGGAUUUUGAACUGGCAGAUAAGGUUCUUCCCAGUGUUCCUAAGGAACAGAGAACACGAGUGGCUCACUUUUUGGAGAAACAAGGAUUUAAAGAACAAGCACUUACUGUAUCUAUGGACCCUGAACACAAGUUUGAACUUGCUGUUCAAUUGAAAGACUUGAAGACUGCAUUUGCUUUAGCCAAAGAGAUCGAGUCACCACAGAAGUGGAGACAGCUUGCUGAUCUUGCCGUCAAUAAAUACGAGUUUGCACUUGCACAGAAAUGUAUGCUGGAAGCGCACGACUUUGGUGGGCUGUUGCUGUUGGCUUCGUGUUCUGGAGAUGCCGAAAUGAUCAAGAAACUAGCAGAAGAUGCUCAGGCAGAUGGGAAACAUAACGUGGCCUUUAUGGCUCAUUAUUUGUUAGGAAGUGUGGAGAAAUGUUUGGAUCUGUUGGUUGAUUCGGGGAGGCUACCGGAAGCCGCUUUCCUUGCAAGAACGUACUUGCCGAGUCAAGUGUCAAGAGUUGUGCAGUUGUGGCGUGAAGAUUUGUCAAAAACCAACAAAAAGGCUGCUGAAUCGCUUGCCGAUCCGAUGGAGUACGAGAAUUUGUUUCCAGACUUGAAGGAAGCCGUUCUAGCAGAGAAGAUGCUGCAGAGAGAACGAGCAGGAUUGCUGCCUGCGAAACAGUAUCCCGAUGUGCAAGACAAUUUUGGUCGAGACGUGUUGGCUGAACUGAGAGAAGCACUGGAGAGUGGAGAGCUGGACUUGUCGGCUUUAGAUGAAGGAACAACUGCAGAAAUUCCAGAUGAUGAAGUUGAUGACACCUUAGACACUCCAGUAAUUGCAUCAAGCUUAGUCGAGCAACCCACAUCGGCAGUGGCAAAGAAGACAGAUGAUGAUGAUGAUGAUAUGGAUUUCAAUUUAGAUGAAGAAUUUGAUGAAAACAUUGAUAUUGCUGGAGUGAAUCUCGACGACGAUGGCGACAUGUUUGAUGCAGAAGAUGAUUUGUUGAAGGACGAUUAGAGUACGUACACGCAAUUCUAAUUAACUCCAUAAAAAUAUCAAUACAAUAUUUCCUGUGUAACAAGCAUACCACACAGCCCUCUGUCUCUACACACACACACACACACACACACACACACACACACACACACACACACACACACACACACACACACACACACACACUACAC